UUUUCAGAUAGAUCUGGUAUUCACCAUUCUACCAUUGGGGUUCAUCACUAUCCUGGUAUUAACCUAACUUGUUAGACCAAAAUCCAUUCGUAGCCACCAUGGACAUCCUUGGUUCAAUCAUGAGCUCCAUGGACAAGCCUCCACCUGUAAACACUGCUGCUAAGAAAAAGGAAGAGGAAACCCUAAAGAAGGCUCAAGCAGAAGUCAAGAAAAAGUGGAAUAAAUUCAGAACCAUGAUUGAGCAGAAGAUAGAAGACUUUGUUAAGGAUCCUAAUCAAGGAGAGCUGAAAUUCGAUACUAUGGAUCGAAUGGAAAGGAGCCUCAUAUCCCAAUAUCCUAGUCAUAUUUCAUGCCCCACUCAUAAAUGCUGGAUCUCACAGAUGGCAGAUAACGAAGCUCCAAAACGGAGGAAAAGAGGAAUCCGAGAGAACUCCCACAAGGAUAUAGCAAUAGUUGCUGUUGCUAAGCAGCAAUAUGGAUGUGUUCCCAGUGACAAGAAGCGGGAUUUGCGUACAAUAGAGGAGACAUUGGCUGAUCUUCGAGAACGUAAGCGGCACAAGAAGACAUCCAACGACACCUCUUCCUAGACGCUUUUAUGGAGAAACUCAUAGGCAUCGAGGCAAAAUCUUCGUCCCAAUGAAGAAGAUAAAAAAUUUUGUCCUACAUGAACUCCUUGUAGCUGGUGAUGUCUCCUUCCCAUUUUUUGAUGGUGGCCUUGUCACACACCCAGAUCUCUUCUGCCACCUGUUGGAGGAUAAAACAGGAUAUUUAUUCUACUUCAUUGUGCCUUGACUUUUUCUUAGGGUUUGUUGCAUGUACCUAUUGAUGACUGAGCUUCAUG